UGAACUAACAUGGACAAAGUGGUCGUCAGUGUCCUACUGCUGGGAAUCACACUUACAAUGGUCCACGCAUGUCCUAAAUACUGUGUGUGCCAGAACCUCUCUGAAUCGCUGGGGACACUUUGCCCAUCAAAAGGGCUCCUCUUCGUCCCUCCGGACAUUGAUCGGCAUACAGUCGAGCUACGACUGGGUGGUAAUUUUAUCCUGAAGAUAACCACCCAAGACUUUGCCAACAUGACCGGUCUGGUAGACCUCACCUUGUCCCGUAACACCAUCAGCACAAUCCAGCCUUUCUCUUUCAUCGACCUCGAGACCCUGCGAUCUCUCCACCUUGACACCAACAGAUUGACUGAUAUUGGGCCAGAUGAUCUACGAGGUUUGAUUAAUCUUCAGCACCUGAUCCUCAACAACAAUCAGCUAAGUCGUAUCUCCAAAACUGCCUUUGAUGACCUGUUGUUGACACUGGAGGAUCUGGAUUUAUCAUAUAACAACUUACGCAGUGUGCCUUGGGAAGCCAUCCGCAAGAUGGUCAACCUUCAUCAAAUGAGUCUGGAUCAUAAUCUUAUUUCAUUCAUUGCAGAGGGGACUUUUACAGAUCUGGAAAAGCUGGCUCGUUUAGACCUUACUUCCAACCGUCUGCAAAAGCUCCCACCGGACCCAAUAUUUGCACGUUCCCAAAGCAGCAUUGGCAUGAGUACUCCAUACAUACCUCCCCUAUCGCUAAGCUUUGGCGGAAACCCAUUGCAUUGCAACUGUGAGGUGCUUUGGCUUCGGAGGCUUGAACGAGAGGAUGAUAUGGAAACUUGUGCUUCUCCUACCAGUGUGAAGGGACGUUACUUUUGGUCUGUUCGCGAGGAAGAAUUUGUUUGUGAGCCUCCUCUUAUCACACAGCAUACAAACAAAUUGCUUGUGCUCGAAGGCCAAACUGCUAGUCUGCGUUGCAAGGCGGUUGGUGAUCCAAUGCCAACGGUGCACUGGAUUGCCCCUGAUGAACGCCUAAUCAGCAAUUCAUCUAGAGCAACUUUAUAUGAAAAUGGCACCCUUGAGAUUACAAUCACAACAUCCAAGGAUUAUGGAACUUUUACAUGCAUAGCUGCAAAUGCUGCCGGAGAAUCCACUGCCUCCAUCGAGCUGUCAAUCAUUCAGCUUCCACACCUGACGAAUGGUACAAACCGCACCACGCAGUCAAAGUCUGGUCUUUCAGACAUAACCAGCUCAACCAAGAUCAGUAAAGGAGAGCCUAAAAUUCUCCCAGAGAAAGCUGUGUCAGUCUCAGAAGUGUCCGCAGCUUCUGCCUUGAUUAAGUGGACAGUGGGCAAAACAACUCCAAAGGUCAAAAUGUAUCAGCUUCAGUACAACUGCUCUGAGGAUGAAGUUCUCAUUUACAGGAUGAUUCCCAUGACUAGCAGAGCCUUUGUAGUCACCAAUCUUGUUCCAGGGAUGCAGUACGAUCUGUGCGUGUUGGCCAUCUGGGAUGACAGUGCUACCACCCUCACAGCCACCAACAUAGUUGGUUGUGUGGAGUUCAUCACCACUGACGACUAUCCCCAAUGCCAGUCUCUUCACAGUGGUUUCUUGGGCGGCACUAUGAUCUUGGUCAUAGGUGGUAUUAUUGUUGCCACGCUUCUGGUGUUUAUCAUUAUCCUCAUGGUGCGCUAUAAGGUGACCAGUGGCAUCCAGACUAUAAAGUUACCUACUGUAAGCAAUACUUACUCACAGACCAACGGGGGUAUGAACAGGUUCAACGGUGCCCCACCGCAAGUCAAAUCGGCCGUUGUGGUUAUGCGUGAGGAAAUGGUAGAAUUUAAAUGUGGUUCUCUUCAGAGUAGUAUUUCCUCAUCUUCAACCUCCACCAACUCACUGGAUAGUCAACCAGGAAGAAGGGUUGGUGACUGCUAUAGCAUGCAAGGAGCUGAGUGCAGCACCCUUCCCAGCAGCAAGUUCAGGAGGCACAGGCACAAACCGCAACCAAACCUGGACCACCUUUUAGGAGCUUUCACCACAAUGGAGCUGCGAGGUCUAGCAAGGGACAGUCAAGGGGUAGCUGGCCCCUCCUCUGCAUCCAAUACUAUGAAUUCAGGAGCUGUGGUGCCCUUAUCCGACAAAGAACCUCUACUAGGAAGAGCAGAGUCCACUACCAUGCUGGGCCGCCUCCUAGGGCUACCCCAGGAUGGGAAACCCAAAAGGAGCCAUUCGUUUGACAUGGGCCAUGUCGGGGCAACACAGUGUCGUGGCAGCUAUCCCCGCAGGAUCAGUAAUAUUUGGACUAAACGCAGUUUGUCAGUUAAUGGCAUGCUACUACAGUAUGAUGACAAUGAGGACGAUAAGCCUAGUUUUGAGAGCUCCGAGUGGGUAAUGGAGAGCACAGUUUGA